CUUUGCUCCGCCUCCGGAAGCUGCUUGUUCCCAGUCCCAGGUUCGCGGAGCUGUGAGGUCUCUGCUGUUUCCUCUUGACAUCAAGGAACAACCAUGUCAUCAGAAUCAAGCAAAAAACGGAAGCCCAAAGUGAUCCGAAGCGAUGGAGCCCCAGCUGAAGGAAAGCGGAAUCGAUCUGACACUGAGCAGGAAGGUAAAUACUACAGUGAGGAGGCCGAGGUGGAUCUGCGGGACCCUGGCAGAGACUAUGAGUUAUACAAGUACACCUGCCAGGAGCUACAGAGGCUGAUGGCUGAGAUCCAAGACCUGAAGAGCAGGGGUGGCAAGGAUGUGGCAAUUGAAAUCGAAGAACGGAGGAUCCAGAGCUGUGUGCAUUUCAUGACUUUGAAAAAGCUUAACCGAUUAGCCCACAUCAGGUUGAAGAAAGGAAGAGAUCAGACCCAUGAGGCUAAGCAGAAAGUAGAUGCCUAUCACCUGCAGCUCCAGAACCUGUUGUAUGAGGUGAUGCACCUACAGAAGGAGAUCACCAAAUGUUUGGAGUUUAAGUCAAAGCAUGAAGAAAUUGAUCUGGUCAGUUUAGAGGAGUUUUAUAAGGAGGCUCCACCAGAUAUCAGCAAGGCUGAAGUCACCAUGGGAGACCCUCACCAGCAAACACUGGCACGCCUGGACUGGGAGCUGGAGCAGCGUAAAAGGCUGGCAGAGAAGUACCGUGAAUGCCUAUCCAACAAGGAGAAGAUCCUCAAGGAAAUUGAGGUGAAGAAGGAAUACCUGAGCAGCCUCCAGCCUCGCCUCAACAGCAUCAUGCAGGCUUCCCUUCCGGUGCAAGAGUACCUAUUUAUGCCAUUCGACCAGGCUCACAAGCAGUAUGAGACAGCCAGGCACCUGCCACCUCCCCUAUAUGUCCUCUUUGUUCAGGCCACUGCAUAUGGGCAGGCCUGUGCUCAUAUGAAAUCCUCCUCCCAGCCCCCUAGACAGGAUAAGACGUUAUCUGUGGCAAUUGAAGGCAGUGUGGACGAAGCCAAGGCUCUGUUCAAGCCUCCAGAGGACUCCCAAGAUGACGAGAGUGACUCAGAUGCUGAGGAGGAGCAGACCACGAAACGCCGGAGACCCACGCUGGGGGUUCAGUUGGAUGACAAACGCAAGGAGAUGCUGAAGAGGCACCCACUGUCCGUCAUGCUUGACCUAAAAUGCAAAGAUGACAGUGUGCUUCACCUGACUUUCUUCUACCUCAUGAACCUCAACAUCAUGACAGUAAAAGCCAAAGUGACAACUGCCACGGAGCUGAUCACCCCCAUCAGUGCAGGUGACUUGCUGUCUCCUGACUCAGUCCUGAGUUGCUUGUAUCCUGGGGAUCAUGGAAAGAAAACUCCGAAUCCAGCCAAUCAGUAUCAGUUUGAUAAAGUUGGCAUCCUGACUUUGAGCGACUAUGUACUCGAGUUAGGUCACCCCUAUUUGUGGGUACAGAAGCUAGGUGGUCUCCACUUCCCCAAAGAGCAGCCCCAGCAAACAGUGAUUGCUGACCACUCGAUGAGCGCCAGCCACAUGGAGACCACCAUGAAGCUUCUGAAGACCAGGGUGCAGUCCCGCCUGGCACUCCACAAACAGUUUGCAUCCCUAGAACAUGGCAUUGUGCCAGUUACCAGUGAUUGCCAGUACCUCUUCCCUGCCAAGGUUGUCUCUCGCCUGGUGAAGUGGGUGACAGUUGCCCAUGAGGAUUACAUGGAGCUGCAUUUCACCAAAGACAUUGUGGAUGCGGGGCUGGCUGGGGACACCAAUCUCUACUACAUGGCACUCAUCGAAAGGGGCACAGCCAAACUGCAGGCUGCUGUGGUAUUGAACCCUGGCUACUCCUCCAUCCCACCUAUUUUUCAGCUCUGUUUGAACUGGAAAGGGGAGAAAACCAAUAGCAACGAUGACAACAUUCGGGCCAUGGAGAGUGAAGUCAAUGUGUGCUACAAGGAGCUGUGUGGCCCUUGGCCCAGCCACCAGCUGUUGACCAACCAGCUGCAGCGGCUGUGUGUGCUGCUGGAUGUUUACCUGGAGACCGAGAGCCAUGACGACAGUGUGGAGGGCCCCAAGGAAUUUCCCCAGGAGAAGAUGUGUCUGCGGCUCUUCAGGGGUCCCAGCAGGAUGAAGCCAUUUAAAUACAACCAUCCUCAGGGAUUCUUCAGCCAUCGCUGACCUCCCACCCAACCCGUUGUUUCCCCUGAGGCCUCACCCUGAGUACUGGGCUUUUGCUUGCUGCUGUGGCCCACAUGUGACUCUUGAUAUUCUCCAAAGACACCAUCCAAUUAAAAAGUGUCACCUGA